AUGGUUACAGAAGGAAACAACAGUCAAACAUCAGUGACAGAAUUCAUCCUCUUAGGUCUUCCUGGUGAUCCAAACUUGCAGAGGUUCCUGGUUGUCUUCUUUGCUCUUAUUUACAUUAUAACACUGUUAGAAAACUUACUUAUAUUCUCUCUUACCCAUUUGGAUCCUCAUCUGCACAUUCCAAUGUAUUACUUCCUCAGACAUUUAUCUCUCAUAGACAUAUGUUACCCUUCCAGCACUUUUCUUCAGUUGCUGGUUAUCUCCAUAGCUCAGAGAAGAACUAUCUCAUUUACUGGUUGUGCUGUCCAAAUGUACGUGUUUCUUGCACUGGCAACUACUGAAUGCAUCCUCCUGGCAGUCAUGGCCUAUGAUCGACAUGUAGCCAUAUGUGUCCCACUCCACUACACAACAACCAUGAGUCACAGGAAAUGUGUCAUAUUAACUUCACUGUCAUGGGCAAGCGGCCUGGCACUGCCGGUCACCCACACUGUCCUGACAUGGAGGCUGCCUUUUUGUGGUCCCAAUGUGAUUGAUCACUUCUUCUGUGAGAUGCCUGCUCUGUUGCAGCUGGCAUGUUCUGAUACAUAUCUGAUCAAACUGGUCACUCAGGUGGGAUGCCUUUUCACCUUGCUGACGCCUAUCACUUUCAUUGUUUUCUCCUACGUUAAUAUUCUGGUAGCCAUUUUGAAGAUAAAUACUGCUAAGGGAAAAGAAAGGGCCUUCUCCACCUGCUUCUCACAUUUCAUUGUUGUAGUUCUUUUCUAUGGAAGUGCCAUGUUCAUGUACAUGAAACCAAGAUCUUUUCAUUCUCCUAAGAAUGACAAAAUCAUCUCCAUCAUAUACAGUAUUCUUACUCCAAUGUUAAAUCCCAUCAUUUACAGCCUGAGGAAUUCAGAAGUCAGAAAGGCAUUGAUGAGGAUUAUUAGAAGGAAACAUGGUCCUAGGUAA